AACUCUCCCUCCCUUCUUGUUCCCACAGAACAUGCUGCUCCGGCCAGGGUGGUGAGGGCAGCAGUUCCUAAACAGCGCAAAGGUAGCAAGGUUGGUGACUUUGGAGAUGCAAUCAACUGGCCAACACCUGGAGAGAUAGCCCACAAGAGUGUGCAGCCACAGUCCCACAAGUCUCAGCCUGCCCGCAAGCUGCCACCCAAAAAGGACAUGAAGGAACAGGAGAAAGGAGAGGGGAGUGAUAGUAAGGAGAGCCCGAAAACCAAAUCAGAUGAAUCGGGGGAGGAGAAGAAUGGGGAUGAGGACUACCAGCGAGGCGGGCAGAAGAAGAAAGGGAACAAACACAAGUGGGUUCCAUUGCAAAUAGACAUGAAGCCUGAUGUGCCCAGAGAGAAACUGGUCUCUCGCCCUACUCGCCCGCCGGAGCCACGACACACACCUGCCAACCGCGGGGAGAUCAAAGGGUCUGAGCCUGCCACCUACGUGCCCGUGCCCGUGGCCCCCCCCACCCCAGCCUGGCAACCAGAGACCAAAUCGGAGCCUGCCUGGCACGACCAGGAUGAGACAUCGAGUGUGAAGAGUGAUGGGGCUGGUGGGGCGCGGGCUUCCUUCCGUGGCCGUGGACGGGGGCGUGGUCGCGGCCGGGGACGCGGCCGGGGUGGCACUCGAACCCAUUUUGACUACCAGUUUGGCUACCGAAAGUUUGACGGUGCAGAGGGGCCGCGCACCCACAAGUACAUGAACAACAUCACCUACUACUUUGACAAUGUCAGCAGCACUGAGCUUUACAGCGUGGACCAGGAGCUGCUUAAAGACUACAUCAAACGCCAGAUUGAAUACUACUUCAGCGUGGACAAUUUAGAGCGAGACUUCUUCCUGCGACGGAAAAUGGAUGCUGACGGUUUCCUUCCCAUCACACUUAUUGCGUCCUUCCACCGAGUACAGGCCCUUACCACUGACAUUUCACUCAUUUUUGCGGCCCUAAAGGACAGCAAGGUGGUGGAGAUCGUUGAUGAAAAAGUCCGCCGGAGGGAGGAACCAGAGAAAUGGCCUCUUCCUGGUCCCCCAAUAGUGGAUUAUUCCCAGACUGAUUUCUCCCAGCUUCUCAACUGCCCAGAGUUUGUGCCCCGCCAACACUAUCAGAAGGAGACAGAGUCGGCGCCUGGCUCUCCCCGUGCUGUCACCCCAGUGCCAACUAAAACAGAGGAGGUCAGCAACCUAAAGACCCUGCCCAAGGGCCUGUCUGCCAGCCUCCCUGACCUGGAUUCUGAGAACUGGAUUGAAGUGAAGAAAAGACCUCGGCCCUCCCCAGCACGACCCAAGAAGUCAGAGGAGCCCAGGUUCCUCCACCCGACCACUCUGCCUCAGCAGCUGCCCUCUCAGCAGCUGAUGUCCAAGGAUCAAGACGAGCAAGAGGAACUGGAUUUCCUGUUUGACGAGGAAAUGGAGCAGAUGGAUGGGCGGAAGAACACCUUUACCGCCUGGUCUGAUGAGGACUCUGACUAUGAGAUUGAUGACCGGGAUGUCAACAAGAUCCUCAUUGUCACCCAGACACCACCUUACAUGCGCCGGCACCCGGGGGGGGACCGCACAGGCAACCACACCUCGCGUGCCAAGAUGAGCGCUGAGCUGGCCAAGGUCAUUAACGAUGGGCUCUUCUACUACGAGCAGGACCUGUGGACUGAGAAGUUUGAACCCGAGUAUUCCCAGAUCAAGGCUAGGGCAGUCUUCUUACCAGCAUCUUGCCCCAUCUCGUAUCCUCUGCAGCAAGAAGUCGAGAACUUCAAGAAAGUCAACAUGAUCAGUCGGGAGCAGUUUGACACACUAACCCCUGAGCCCCCUGUGGAUCCCAACCAAGAGGUCCCUCCUGGACCACCUCGCUUCCAGCAAGUUCCCACUGAUGCCCUGGCCAACAAGCUGUUUGGUGCCCCCGAGCCCUCCACCAUUGCCCGCUCUCUACCAACCACUGUCCCAGAGUCGCCAAACUAUCGCAACGCCAGGACCCCUCGCACUCCCCGGACACCGCAGCUCAAAGACUCAAGCCAGACGUCACGGUUUUAUCCAGUGGUGAAGGAAGGUCGGACGCUAGAUGCUAAGAUGCCUCGGAAAAGGAAGACCAGACACAGCUCGAACCCACCCUUGGAGAGUCACGUGGGCUGGGUGAUGGAUUCCCGCGAGCACAGGCCCCGGACCGCUUCCAUCAGCUCCAGCCCCUCAGAAGGCACGCCUGCAGUUGGCAGCUAUGGCUGUACCCCUCAAUCGCUGCCCAAGUUCCAGCAUCCUUCCCACGAGCUGCUCAAGGAAAACGGCUUCACACAACACGUCUACCACAAGUAUCGUAGGCGCUGCCUUAACGAGCGGAAACGCUUGGGCAUUGGCCAGUCUCAGGAGAUGAACACUCUCUUCCGCUUCUGGUCCUUCUUCCUCCGAGAUCACUUCAACAAAAAGAUGUAUGAGGAGUUCAAGCAGCUGGCUCUGGAGGAUGCCAAAGAAGGCUACAGAUAUGGUUUGGAGUGCCUUUUUCGAUACUACAGUUAUGGCCUGGAAAAGAAGUUCCGGCUGGACAUAUUUAAGGACUUUCAGGAGGAAACCGUGAAGGACUAUGAAGCUGGUCAGCUGUAUGGGCUGGAGAAGUUCUGGGCCUUCUUGAAAUAUUCCAAAGCCAAAAAUUUGGACAUUGAACCCAAACUUCAAGAAUACCUCGGCAAAUUCCGACGUCUUGAAGACUUCCGAGUGGAUCCCCCCAUGGGUGAGGAAGGCAACCACAAGCGACACCCAGUGGCAGCAGGAGGUGGCAGUGGCGAGGGCAGGAGGCGGUGCCCCUCCCAGUCUUCCUGCAGGCCCUCCGCCGUGGUCAGCCAACCCCCCACACCAGCUCCCGGCCAGCCCAUCCGAGAAGACGCUAAAUGGACAAGCCAGCACUCGGACACACAGACUUUGGGAAAGUGAAAAACCCUUUAGCCCUGGGGUUUGUGGGGAGAAGGGAUGGAGGGGGUAGGUGAGAGUCUGUGGGGGUGCCCAGUCCCAGGAGAGGGGACAGAGAAGGGACAGGCCUGUAGUCGUUAGGAUGGGCCUUCAUGCUGAGUAGCAGUGUGUACACCAUUUGGGCUAUCAGAGGCGCCCCUGGGCAGGAGCCUCCACACACCCCUUCCCUCUUCUCUCCCCAUGGCUCUUCUUCACAUCCUAGCUUCUUCUGGCGGGGGGAGGGUAAGGGGGGAAAUUUUAUGUAUAUAUAUAUAUAUAUAUAUAUAUAUAUACACAUAUAUAUAUAUAUAUAUGUAUAUAUAUAUAUAUCUCAAGUUUUAAAUUAUUGAUAGUUCGUCUGGAUUACCAGAAUCACUCUGCAGCCCUGCCCGCGGCUGGUAGGCCGCAACCCUGGUCCCCAUCCACAGCUGCCUCCUGCUCCCCCUCCAGCCAACUAUGCAGCCCACAGAAAGGCCCUGUGGGCCCCAUUGCCCAGCACUGUUUCACAGAAGGCUCUGGCAGCGUCCCUGGGCCCCACGAGCACCAGCCCCUUGAUCAUCUGGGGCUUGCCAUCACCUUGUUCUCUCCCUGCUGUCCCUACCACACCCUCCUGCCAUCUUCCGGGAGAAGGAAACCAAAGGAUCUAGAAGUGGGGGUGGAGAAGGUUUCGGUCUCUCUCCACUCCCCUCCCCCCAUGCCCCUUACUCCCCAGCCCAGAGAGACGCUGCUCAUACCAGAAGAGACUAUUGAAAGAUGAUUUAUUUUAUUUUUCUCUGACCUUUCCAUCCUUGGGAAAAUGGAAAAGGAAAAAAAAAAAAAAAAAAAAAAGACAAAAUCGACCAUAAAAGACCAAAAAAAACCAUCAGAAAACCCCCACCUAAUCCACAGAAAGUGAUGUCUUUCCCCUACCCUUGGAAUUUUCUUGUUUUGUUCUUGGAAAUAGUAUUUUUUUAAAAGUUGCCUUAUUGUGGAGUGGGAAUCUGAAAUACCCAAAUGCCUGUUUUCCUCGGUGGAGUCAACUCGAAGAGCUCCCACCUUCUCUGGAUGUGCCUGGGCUGGAUUGACUAGAAUCUGUCUCUGGAUUGAGUUGCAUGUACAGUGCCUCCUGCCUGUAGGCAAGAGAGUUGGGGGCGGCUCAGAUCGGAGCCGUGCCCAAAAUAUCUCCGCUGUUGCAUCAUUUGAAGCUGACGUCCCGUGUCUGUACACUGCUGCCACUGUCGUGUCCUUGCUCUGCUUGCUGUUGCCUCACGCCAGGGCCCGUCCUGCCGUGACACCCUUCAUCCUACCCUUGGAACGCCAAGGCCAAGUUUGCUUCAGACUGUUGGAGGACAGCAUUGGCCUGGAUCUGGGACACACUUGUCCUCAGCUUGACUGUCUCCCCCACCUCAGAGGGGAAAGGUGAACACUUGGCAGCUGAGGCUUGGAAACCUUUCUUGCGUUCCCUUGAUAGAUCUGAGACCUCAAGGAGGCUUUGUCUCUUAAAAGGUGGAGAGAGACGCCGUUCUCCUCGCUUGCGCCGGGUGGGUAUCCCCAUCUUGCGUCACCCCUCUGCAGCCAUCUCUGCCCACCCUCCAGUUGACCCUGCCUGGGAACGAGAGAUUGAGGAGGCUUUGAGGGUGGGGGGGUCCUGCCAGUUGGAGAAGCCCUGUGGCAGGAAGGUAUAUGUGGACAUAGAGUAUACCUGACUUCUCCAGCCACUGACUGCUUGACUUGGGCUGUGAAUGACAGUGGAAUGGCUGGAGUCUCCUGGCAUCCAAAGCUAGGGAGGGUGACCCAGAACUGACCCUCACAAACGGGGCUGGGUGCGGUGUGCCAGCACGCUCACCACAGGGUGGUGGUGGUCAUGUGCUCACGCCUCUUGGCCCUUUUCAACUGCUUCCUCUGUCGGGCCCUAAAGUUGGGAGUCGGAGACAGUAUCUCAGGCUGGCUAGGGCUUGCCCUCUGUCUUGGGCACCUCAUUGCUUUGGCCUGUGCCCUCCCCCAUCUCUGCCCUCUCAGCAGUCAGUAUGGGGAAGCCCAUCUUAGUUCCUGUGAGCCGGUUGUCUCGAAAGCCAAGGAUGAGUGUCUGGUCUCUGCUCUGACAGUGGGGUUUGAGGCCUCUCCCUGCCCAAUCCGGUGCCUGCCCCACAGUGUGCCAGACACUGGACGCCCUCUUCCUUCCCUUCAUUGCCUCUUUCUUUCCUUUGGGUUGCUCGGCCCUGUACUGUAUCCAGCACCACAGAAACCUCAGUGUUUGUCCUCUGCUGGGUUUGGGGGCACAAGGAAGCCUUGGGAGUGUGGGGAAAGGCUGUUCUUAUCUAGAGUUUACUCCCAGGCCAGGGGGCUGCCAUCUUCUCCCUGAUCCUCCGCACAGACACCCCACAAAGAGGAAGCCCCUUUUGGUGGGGAGGUGAGGACAUCAUCUCAACACAGGCUGGGGUUGGGGGGGCUUUUUUCUUCCUUUUUUUCUUUCUUUCUUUUAUUUUUUUUAUUUUUAUUUUUUUUUGUAACAUGUUCGGAGUUAAUGUUGCAAAGAGUAGUUUACAUCUUCACUUUCUGAAGACACUUGAAUUUAGGACCGAUGUAUCUGUGACAAGCGCCAUCCUCCAUGGGGAUCCAAGAUGAGAGACACAAAGCAACAGCCUGCCCCAAUCCUUCUGUUCGUCCUGUACCCUUCCAGGAUUUGUCCAUGCCAACACAACCUUUGGGCCUCAAACAUCAGAGGGUUUGUGUACCUCGGCCCUGCUAAGGGGCAGGUUUCUCUUGUGCUCUCCUGAAUCUGGGAGUAAAGGCACUACCAGUAGAGAGGGGCUGCCCGACCCUGCCCCAGCCUGGACCCCUUGGGCUCAGAUCCAGGUGCAGAGCCCCCGUGUCAAAGUUGUUAUGUUUUUGUUUUGUUCUAUUGUAGCUCUUUUUUUCCUUUUCCUGAUGAUUGGUUUUUUAAAAGAAAGUUGCUCAGAAAGCCCUGGCAGUGGGGAGGAGGAGCAAGAAGGACGACUAGCUAGGGAGGGUGGUGGUUUUUUGCCAGAAGCCUGGGUAGAGCGGUCUGGAUCGCCUGGUGCCUCCUGAGUGGGGCCCCAGGUCUCCUGUGUGCGCGGGGCCCGGGAUGUGCCCCAGCCCCACCCUCUCCUUCAGCCGUGUUGAUAGCAGAGGCAGAGAAGAUCAGAGCAUACAGCCCAUUUCUGACUGGAGAGGAAAACUUGUCACCGGCUUUGCGGAGAAGGUUCCACCUUAUGCUCAUAGUACGUUAUCUUUACCAUGUGCUAGGAUAUCACACAAGGACAAAAAAAUGUAAAAUACUUGAAUGAGCUUGUAUUAUAACAUUAAUAUUAUUGAGAGUAUCUGCUUUCCAGGCUGAAGUGAUUCAUUCAUUAUUCUAGUCCUGCUUUAGUCGUUUGUAAUUUGUGGUAAUUAUGCUUUUCUUUUUAAUACAAAAAAAUGUAUAAAAAUAAAAACUUGAAAAGGCAAAAGCCUGGCUGGUCUCCCGUGAGGGGUGCACCUGUUGGGUGUGUGGGGUGGAGCCUGGUUCGCCUUCUGACUGCAGAUCCAGAGGAGCCUGCGCUCGGGAUGUGCACGUGAAACCUCUGCGGGGCUCUGCCACUGUGCUGUCGGGGAGUCUGCCCAGGGCAGGGGCUCCCGACACAGCUUCUACGGCUGCUAGUGCUUCCAGGUGGUUCCUCGGAGAUCUGGAGAGCUUCUGCCAGCCUUGAAUUCACGUCUGCCUUGUGUCUCAAGUGAGAUGGGGGAGCUGUAGGCAGUGCCACAGACCAGAGCGACACUAGUCCAGCAGCUGAAAUUCCAGGACUUCAGGCACUGGCUGCGGCUUGGCAUGGUGUCAGGGCACAGCCAGGAAGAUAGAAGUUGCUGUGACUCCUCACUGGACAGACUUCCCUGCGGGGUAUAAAGGAGGGACCAACACUCUGGCCCUAUGGAAUCCAGGUUGGCCGCCAAGCCCUGAGGAUUGACGCCGGGGAAGGAAGGAUGAGCGCUCCCACUGGGACUGGCCCCUGAGCCGCUGGUGCCUUUCCCUGGCCCGUGAGGCCAGGCACCAGCAGUGAUAACAGUCUGAAUGCUGGCCUGGCCUUGGGGUGUCAUUACAGAACUAAAAAUGAGCCUCGUUUACUCAUUCACUGACAGCUAUUUGUUUCCUGGGCCUGGCACUUGAGCGUCCCAUCAGAAAUGGUUUUCCAGACAAUUCCACCUUGUGUCAGGUGAACAGGAACUUUAACAGCACCGAUGGCCUGCAGGGGCCAAAGGCGAGGCUAGGAGACAGUGGGCAGGGCUUCUGCAGGCCGCUCUGGGAAGAGGAAGACAUUCAUUCAACCUUACUUCCACGGCUUACUGGGAAUACUCUGAAAGAAGCCACAGAGUGUUUCCUUGUGAUGCUGUGGCGCCCAGACACCAUGUGGUCAUGAUGCCGGAACGACUCACGUAGGGAGAGAAAAACCCAAGUAUCCACUGCAGUCAAAGGAGACCGGUUUGUUUUCCAUGCUUUCUCCUUUCACAUUUUCUGCUGCCAGUGUUGAGACCUCGACCUUUCCUUGAGGCUAUUUGGUAACCAGUGUCGGGGCCAGACCCGCCCCUCGUCCCUCUGUGCCCCAGCAGUACCUCCAGGUCUACAGAUGUUAAAAGGAGAAAGACUGCCAUUCUUCCUCUCUCCACACUCCUCAUUCCCGACCCUCACUCAGUGCACUGAAGAGGGACUGUUUUCCAACUGUUUGUUUAUUCGUAGGACAGGUUGUGGGUGCAGGUCAGCAGCUAUGAGCACGUCCAGCACUGAUGCACCAGGAGCUGUGCUCAGGCGAAGGGCAUGCGGUCCCAGGGAGGGGGCUGGGUCCACCCAGGCCCAAGGAGGACGCUGCCUGCUAUGCGCCUGGUUGGCCUCCUGGGCAGGUCCUCUGGGGAGCUAGGGCCCGUGGCAGGAGGUCGUCCUCUUUGAUAACUGUGCCUGGAGAUGUGGCCCUAUCAGAUGUUAAAAGUAUUUUAUAAAACUACAGUGGGUGGUAUUCUGGACAGAGGAGAACUGAAUGUUCAGGAAAAUAUCAGACUUUGGAAACUAUAAUUGUGGCCUUGCAAAUCGGAGUGUCUUCACGUUGAUACUGGGAGCCACAGGGUUCCUGGCAAUGUCGGAAGCAGCUGAGCGAACCCAGGGUGGAGACUGCUUCCACCUGGGCAGCUCUGUGGUUUUGUUGUAGACAAUAAGGUCUUAUUGGAAAAGGCAUCACUGCUAAAGUCAUCCUGUAAAAAUGGUGCUGAAACAACUGGUUCAUCAUUUGAGAGGGAAAUAAGGAUUUAACCCUCUGUUCAGCCGUGUAUUUCUUGCCUUAGUGGAGGAAGAGGGUUCUAGCUCCUUUGGUCCUGCUUCAGAGAGCCUAAUAAGGGGCCUCAGUUGGGUGUCCCCAAAGGUCAGCAACUCUGACCCUACCCUCUGUGGCUAAAAGGGGGCCCCAGCUGAGCG